UAGUUAUUAUGCACCCAACCAAAUGACUGUGCGGAACCUUCGACACACAGCAUUAUCCGGGGAAGUUCAUUGUCAUUGCACCAGUGUCAGGAAGUGCGCAUGUUUUGAAAGAUGGCGGACGUUCCUAAUGAUGCACCAGAACACUGUCCGGGCACAAGCAGUGACCAGGCUGGUAAAUCAUCAGCAUGUCAAGGAUGCCCAAAUCAAAACAUGUGUGCGUCUGGUGCUGCCAAAGCUCCUGAUCCAGCCAUAGAGGAAAUCAGACAGAAAUUGACCUCUGUGAAGCACAAGAUUCUGGUUUUGUCUGGAAAAGGGGGUGUUGGGAAGAGCACAUUCAGCGCACAUUUGUCUCAUGCGUUGGCUAGUGAUGACUCCAAAGAGGUUGCACUGCUAGAUGUGGACAUCUGUGGGCCGUCUAUACCAAAAAUAAUGGGGUUAGAGGGGGAGCAGGUUCAUCAGAGCGGCUCAGGCUGGUCCCCAGUGUAUGUUGAGGACAACUUGGCCGUCAUGUCCAUCGGCUUCCUGCUCAGUAGUCCAGAUGAUGCUGUUAUCUGGAGAGGCCCCAAAAAGAAUGGCAUGAUAAAACAGUUUCUGAGGGAUGUGGACUGGGGAGAAGUGGAUUAUCUGAUUGUAGACACGCCUCCAGGAACGUCUGAUGAACAUUUGUCCAUCGUGCAGUAUCUCAGCAGCGCUGGCAUCGAUGGAGCUGUCAUCAUCACCACCCCGCAGGAAGUAUCUUUGCAGGAUGUGAGAAAAGAGAUCCGAUUCUGUAAAAAGGUCAAAAUCCCCAUCAUAGGUGUGAUUGAAAACAUGAGUGGCUUUGUUUGUCCUAAAUGCAAGAAUACAUCACAGAUAUUUCCUCCGACCACAGGAGGAGCACAGAGAAUGUGUGAAGAACUAAAUCUCCCUCUUUUGGGCAGAGUCCCCCUGGAUCCACGGAUAGGGAAAAGCUGUGACGAGGGAAGGUCUUUCCUGACUGAAGUUCCAGACUCUCCUGCAGCAGUGGCCUAUCAGAAUAUUGUCCAAAAAAUCAGAGAUUACUGUUCUUCCCAUUCUACACCAGAUAAUCCUUGUUGACGCAGAAGUGUACAUCAGACCUUUGUCCAGCCAGUUGGGAUGUCCGAUGAAUUCAGACAGCAGUGUCAUGUGAUUAAUCAGUCACAAAAGCAAGGUCAUGAGCUUUCUGCUCAACACACUUGCUCACCUUUAUAAACUCAUUUACAGGGCCAAAUCUGAAUUCCUGGGUUCCCUUCAAAUCACAGAUUGUGAAAAUAUAUAAUUUUUGAGAUUUGAAAAAUUGUGUGUUACAAUAUAUCAUAAAAACGAAUUCAUGUUAUACAUUAGAAGUAGAGAUCACAAGUCACAAUCCAAUUCAUGAAUCCAAAUUUGUAAAUUGUACUUGAUGAAAGUGAAAGCAAAAUAUAAUUAUUGCUAUAAUGACAAUGGGCAUGUUUCAGCAGGCCAGGAGAAAUUGUGUUUAUUAUCAGAAAAGGUAAUGUGUGCCAUAUAGUGGCUUUUCUCGUCAGUGAGAUGUAAUGGCUAAUGUUUAAUUUUGCUAAUAAAUUUCUUAAGAUGACAAUUUCUAAAUCUGA